AUGAACCAAGAGCAACAGAAGAACGGCGCUGAUCAGCCACUCAAUCGCGCUUGUGAUGCCUGCCGGCUGCAUAAAGUACGGUGCUUCCCAAACACCUCAACCUCCUCCACGUCCACGUCCACGUCCAAAGCAUGCCAGAGAUGCACCCGAACGGAUCGGCAGUGCAACUUUACAGUUCCUCAGAAGAGAAAGCAACGUAAAAGGACAGAUACUAGGGUCGCGGAGCUCGAACGAGAGGUACAGGCUAUGCGUGCACUGUUUGAAAAGAAGAAGCAAGAAACAGACGGCCCUGAUGCAAGUGCCCAGCCAAGUGAAAUGAAUCUAUUUGGCCAGGUGAAUACUUCCGUUCAGAGCACAGGGACAGGACCAACAUAUUCUCCAGAUAUUGGAGGGACCGGUUGGACCCCAACGGCAGUUCAAACCCCGGAAGUAGAAACGUCUUUGACCCAGGAUUGGAGCAUUUCAGCCUUUCCCAUGAACUCAGAUGUCAUAGAUAGGGGAAUGGUUUCUUUGGAAGUUGCAAUCCAACUGUUUCGGACUUAUAUGAGCGACCUCUAUCAACACUACCCGGCCGUUCCCUUUCCGCAAGACACGUCACCCGAGGAAGUUAGGCGUACACAGCCCACCCUCUUCCUGGCAGUCAUAGCUGCAGCUGCAGCAAAGACGGAUCCGCAUUUGUUUAGUGCCCUCAACAGCGAGGUCCUCUCAGCUUACGCCCAUCGGACGGUCAUCCACAGUGAGAAAUCUUUGGAGUUGGUCAAGGCUAUGAUUAUAUCAGCUGUUUGGUAUUAUCCUCCAGGCAGGUUUUCACAACUCAAGUUCUAUGAAUACAUUCAUAUGGCUGCAACAAUGGCUAUGGAUAUUGGAAUAGGGACGAAUCCCAAUGCUUCAAGCCGCCGACGCGGUUUGGAUUCAGCCAGUUCUUUACCAGUCGAUGAGGAUGAGAUGGAAAGAAGAAGGACAUUCUUAGUUUGCUUCCUUAUUACUACGGGUGUAUCUAUGUCUAUGCGCCGUCCAAACAUGUUGCGAUCGAAUAGUUGGCUAAAAGAAUGCCUUGAGUAUGUGGACGCCAAUGCCAACCCUUUGUAUCUAGACAAUUGUCUCGUUGCAUGGGUCAGCAUACUACAAAUCACCGAAGAGAUUUGCACCUCGUUCUCUUUUGAUGAUCCUGGAAAUAUGAUAAAUCUCGCAGAGACAAGAAUACAAUUUACUCUAAGUGGUUUUGAAAAGAAGCUUUUGGCCUGGAAAGAGAAGUUUACGUCGACUGGUGCAAUCAAUGAUGCCUUGAUGCUCACCUACCACCAUACACAAAUUUAUCUCCAUGAAAUUUGCAUGCACGAUGACCAUUCCCUAGAGGACUUCCAACCACCUUACAGACUGGAGAAAGUCGUCUCAAUUCGAUCAGAUAACCAAGCAUCAUUAUCUUAUAUCGAUGCCAUUGCGAUUACAAUCUCAUCAGCCCACUCUUUACUCGACCUAAUACUUGAUAUGGAAGUAGAAACCCUUCGAGCUCUUCCCAUCUUCAAUUUUGUAAGAAUGGCGUACGCCUCAAUCGUUCUCACGAAGCUUCAUAUUUCCUCCAAAACUCCAGCAAGUCAGAUUGGAGCCGUUAUCGAACCAAAAAUGAUCAAACUGGGGUAUUACUUGGAAGCUGUCAUCGAAAAGUUGGGUGUGGCAGUUGGACCAAUGGAAUGCAGGGCCCCUUUCGCAUUUUUGGGAUUCUUCAUGAGACUUCAAAUAUGGUAUAAAAGUCAAGAAAAAGACGUACAUUUCAGGCAACCUACCGAGCUCUACACGGUAUUGGAUCACUGCUGGCUACCAUCUCCUCCGAAUGUCGACAACACCGCUUUUUUGAACGAACCAAUGUAUAUUGGCCAGAAAACGUCGAUAGCAUUGGAUAGAAAGCAAGGUGGCAACGUCGGGGCCAUGGGCUUGACCGAUUUGGCUACUAUGCAGCCUCUGCCGGACAUGGAUAUCGAUUUUGGGAAUCUAGAUGUCAAUCAGUUCUUGCCAUUUGGGGAAAUGGAUUCCAUUGCCAAAGACGAUGGAGACUGGAGUGGAUUGCCGAAUCUGAAUGAUUUGAAUAUGCACAAUGUCAUGAAUGAUACUCAGAUGCAGCAGACGUAUGAUUGGGCCCCCCAAGAUGUCGACAACACUUUUCAAUGA